GAGGUUUUUAAUCUGGCUUUUAAAUUUACAAUUUUAAGUUGAAUAUUGCAUUUUGGCCCAUUUGGCGCUUCCCUUUUAAUUUUCCCUCCACGAUGUUGGAAAGCUGCUUUCUGUGGCAGCAGAUACAAAGAAAGCAGACGGUCGAACCAAGAAAGCAGACGGUUGUAGUAAGUAUAUUUGCUCGCUCUGUAGCGGAUCUCCCAAGUCAUUGGACUUAAUCCUUCAAU